UCGGUUUAUAUAGAUUUGGAGAAUUUUUAAUUUUCAAAUAACGGUACGGUGACGUCAGAGGAGUGAUUUGCAUAUCUCGGCGUAUAUAUAGUGUGAUUCUGCGCCGUUUCCACACACUGCUGCAUCUGCGGAAGAUCAAAGCUGUUCAACAACCACAAACUCUGAUCAACAGCCAACAUGUCUGACAAACCAAAUCUCGAAGAAGUAACCAGCUUUGACAAGACCAAGCUGAAGAAGACUGAGACCCAGGAGAAAAAUCCUUUACCAUCAAAAGAAACUAUCGAACAGGAAAAGCAAGCGGGCUCGUCAUGAAGGCCGCUUACGACACUUUCUAUGCACUGUACAUUCCACAUUGCCUUCUUUUUCACGUCUUUUCGCUGUUUAACUUUUAAUGGAAAAAUAUGACCUAAGUUGCAUUGUGAUUGGACAACCAAAAAACAAAAAAUGCAGAUGACCGAACUGCCCUAUGUGUGUGUGUGCCCAUGUACUCCUCUGUUUGUAAACCGCACCACUGAACGAGAGUUAUUCUGAAGAUGUUUGGCGAUACGGAUGAGGAGGAGAAGAGGCGCCAGGCGGGAAGCCGAGUUUCACUUCUGAAAAGUGGCAAGGGGGCGGGGCAAAGAAUUUGAGUGACAUCUAACAGACACUCGCUCUUGUAACAUCUCUUGUGACCUCGGUUGACUUGCUCAAUGCUUUAAAGUCAUGCAUUGUUUUUUUUUUUUUUUUUUUUGUAUGUUGAUGUCUUGGAAUGCACAAUUUUUGUUUUGUAAUGCAAAUAAAAAUCUGUAGAUGGA